AGACGCAACUCCCAGCUGAUUAAUGUAUCUCUCCCACUCCCUCCCCCUCAUCCAGGGCCCGGUGUAUUUCCCCCUCUCGGUGCGGUUGCCUCUUGCUCUGCUCCUCUGCAGACCACCGCGCCGGAGCUGGAUGUCCGGACACUUGCUGCUGCGCUUCUCUUAAUGAACCAGAGAAGUGAGGAGAAGGAGAACACUGGGACGCACAUGGCUCGAUGACAUGAUGUUCCUGUACUUUUCCCUUCCCCCGUCCACCUUUCUUUUCCCCAUUUCCCUUCUAGUCCUCUUUUUCUUUCCUCCAUCCCUCAUCUCCUCUUCCCUUUCCCACACCCCAUUGAGCUGGACAUCACCUCAUGACCCCUGCUACUACCUGGACGGCCGCCCGCGACACUGCCUGUCGGACUUUAUUAACGCGGCCUAUGGCGUCCCAGCCAAUGCUAGCCACUCGCUACAAGGGCCUGAUUUUGACAACAUCACCACCUUGACGGACCUGCACAACCCUCACAACCUCACAUGCUGGAUGGCUCACAAAGGUCUUGAUGCCGGAGAAUGGGUCCUCACACUACCUCUGGGCCGCCGCUUUGAGAUCACCUACAUAAGUUUGCAGUUUUGCCAACAGGGGGAACCAUCGGACCCAAUCUCCAUCUCCAUACUCAAGUCGAUGGACUUUGGACGCACCUGGAGGUCGAUGCAGCAUUACUCCAGCGACUGCCAAGGAAACUUUGGGCUGCCUUCCCAGACAGUGGCCCAGGCAAGACACCAAGAAACAGAGCCCCUGUGCUCAGACCCUCGCCCCCUACAAAAGCAGAGGGGCGGCAUGGUGUUGGCCUUCUCCACACUGGAUGGACGACCAUCCUCUCCUGAUUUUGACCAUAGCCACACCCUCCAGGACUGGGUGACAGCCACGGACAUCCGUGUGGUCUUUCACCAGGUGUCCAUAGAUGCCAAGGUAGGCACCUUGGACAAGAAAGAGAAAGCACGAUGGUGGGAUGGUCCAGUAGAUGACAGAGGGACUGGGCUUCUGAGGUGGAGAUCAGGCUCCAAGGGAAACACCAGAGAUCAGGUGGACAAGUUAAUCACAGAUAAUACACUGGCUUUUUUUGAGAGUGAGACAAAAAACUCAGAGAUAAGGCGGAAGAACAAAGGGGAGAAAGUGGACAAACAUAGAAGGAAGGGUAAUUAUAAAGGGUCAGGUCAAGACGAAGAUGGACACAAUAUGACUAGCAAAGAAAGGGGUGAAAGUUAUGGCACGGGCACACUUGCUUCCCCAAAAAAAGGCAGUAAAGCCAAGGGGCCGGGCCGCAAGAAGGAAAACAAUGAUUGGCCCUCUUGCCCAAAUGGAGGUUGUAAUUGGACAGUUGAGGGGCGGAGCAGGAACAACAAAGGGUGGGAACUGAGGAAGAGGAGAAACAAUAAUCCCAAUACAAAACAAAGUUCAAGGAAUUUGCAGGUGGCCCCACACUCUGCUCCUCUUGCCCUCUCAGAUCUGCAGGUUGGCGGCAGGUGUAAAUGUAACGGACACGCUUCCAAGUGUCGCCGUGAUGACACAGGUCAGGCAGUGUGCAUAUGUGAGCAUCACACGGCUGGGCCAGACUGUGAUGUGUGCGAGGAUUUCUACUGCGACAGACCGUGGCAUCGAGCUACACCCACACACCCAAACCCCUGUGUUGCAUGUGAGUGCAACGGCCACUCAAACAAGUGCCGCUUCAGCAUGGAGGUGUUUCAGCAGUCGGGCCGACGGAGCGGAGGUGUGUGUCAGAAGUGUCGCCACAACACGGCCGGACGUCACUGCCAGUACUGCCAGAACGGAUACACCCGGGACCGCAGCAAGCCGCAGAACCACCGCAAGGCCUGCCAACCCUGCCAGUGCCAUCCUUUGGGAGCAGUGGGUCACUGGUGUAACCAGACAUCAGGUCAGUGCCUGUGUCGAGAAGGGGUUACCGGCCUCAGGUGUAACCGCUGUGCUCCGGGUUACAAACAGGGCAAGUCCCCUCUGCGGCCCUGCAUACGAAUUCAAGAGGUUGCUCCAACCCCAAUGUAUCAACCUCAGUACAGCAUAGCGGAGGAGUGUGUUUCAUACUGCCAGCCUUCUCAGGUUAAAGUCAGAAUGAACUUGGAGACCUAUUGUCUGAAGGACUUUGUGUUGAAGGUGCAGGUGAGAGAGAUGGAGCGUUCAGGUCCCUGGUGGCAGUUCUCCAUCUUAGUUCAAACUGUCUUCCGCACGGGGUCCAACUCGCGCAUCCGCAGGGGCUCCCAGUCCCUCUGGGUCCCCGACCGGGACCUUGGCUGCGGCUGCCCUGCCCUCCAAGUGGGUCGGACCUUCCUUCUGAUUGGUGCAGAGGAAGGGGAGCGGGGCUGGGGCCCUGAGGAGAGGCGGCUGGUGGCAGAUCGCUCCACUCUGGCCCUCCAGUGGCGGGAACACUGGAGCCCCAAGCUGAGGGGCUUCCGUGGGCAGGACAAGAGGGGCCGUUGCCCCCCGAAAUCCCCCUACAAUAACCAGCACCCCCAUCACAGAAAGCCCCAGUCUGGGUACAUUCCCCCUCACCUGCUACAUGAGAAACACACCGAGCCUCACAGUGUGGACACACACUCUCUGAAAAUGGAGGACACUCAAACCUUAGUGGCACCACACACACACUCUCACACGGAGACAGAGGUAAAAGCCACAGAGGUGACCCCCUUGCCAACUUCACCCGCUCUGGUUUGCUCUUCUCAAACUCCUGGUUGAGAAACA